UUUUGAAAUYCCUCUUCGUAGAUUGGUACCGUAAUAUCGGAAGUAUGCGGACAAAACUAAAACGCGUAAUUUAAGACUGGUCUGAGUGCACUUGUUUCUCAUAGUUCUUUAAGUCCAAACUCCGGAGUCUCACUCCACCCACCGACAUUUAUCACUUCACMGGUUCUCACACCGGAGAACCUGUUUUUGUUGGCUGAGAAAUGAGGCUCUAAACCGACGUUCAUUGGGGUUUUUUUUCUGCCCAGAAACAAAAUGAGAAGAUGAAGCCGCUUCUGUGGACGGUUGUUGUUUUCCUCCUGAGCCUUUCAGGAACCAGAGGGAACGGUGUUCUGUUCACCAAACACCCGUCCAAUCAGACGGUCUCUCAGGGGAAAGAGGUGAGGCUGGGCUGCGCCGUGGAGGGCGUGACGGAACCGGACAUCAUGUGGAUCAAAGAUGGAGAGAAGCUGUACAGCACCGACCAGGUGUUCCUCACACUGGGAGAGCAGCACUGGGAGACGUCCCACAGGUGUGAACAGCAGCAUCAAGUUUUACUGUGAAGCCAAGAACACCAGAGGGAUCUCCGUGUCCAGAACAGGGACGGUCCACAUUAAAGUUCUGCCAGACGCUCCCGCUGGUCUGCAAAUCGUCAGGAUGACUGACAGCAGCGCCACGUUGUCCUGGACCUCAGGGUUCACGGGUCAUUCCAGAAUCUCCUCCUGUAUCAUUCAGGUGAGGAGGUGGUCGCUCCGCAGGGAGGCCYCCCACCAGCAGGAGGUCCGGGUGACUCCUCCCAGCCACGUCCUGUCAGGUCUGAGGAGCCACUCCAACUACAGCGUGAGGGUUUCCUGCCUGAACGAGGUGGGCCCGUCCCAGUUCUCCUCCUGGAUGCACUUCAUCACACCUGAAUCAGUGCCCUCCGCUGCCCCCAAGAACCUGACCUUUGACCUGUCGGACCAGCAGCUGUCCGUCCAGUGGGCGAAGCUGCAGGAGGAGGAGCUGCGAGGGAAACUGCUGGCCUACAAGCUGCAGUGGACUCUGGGGGGUGAGGAACAGGAGCCGCUGCUGUUUAAGCAGAACUCGGCCCGCCUCUYGGGCGGGGGUCGCUUCUUCAACGCCUCCUUCCAGGUCUCGGCCUGCACCUCUGUGGGCUGUGGACCCUGGAGCCCCCCGGUGCUGGUGCUGCCUGCCUCAGCACAGAUCCAGGUACGGCGGAGCCACAUGUGGGUCGGCCUCCUGCUGGGCCUGCUGGUGGCCACUGUGGUGGGCCUGAUGCUGGCUGUCGUGGCUCAGCGCCGAGGAAAAGAUUCCCAGUUCGGGUCGGGCUUUAAGAGUCCUGGACCUGAAGGUUUGGUCUCGUUCACAGCAGCUCGAUCGUUCAGCAGGAACAACACUGAUCUGCAGGAAUCCACCUUGGACAGUCUGGGCAUCAGCGAUGAGCUGAAGAACAAACUCCAGGAUGUGUUGAUCCCAGACAGACUCCUGACCCUCGGCUACAUGCUGGGAAAAGUUAUGAGAUCAUGCACAGCUGCUGGAGUCCCGUCCCUAAAUGCCGUCCCAGCUUCCAGCAGCUGGUCGCCCAGCUGGAGACGCUGCACCUCAGCCUGUCCCCCAGCUGUCCCCCGCUGCUCUACGUCAACCUGGAAGGAGACGAGGAGCCGGACCGAGGAGGAGAAGGAGCUGCCGGACCUCAGGAGCUCGCCCGCUCGCUGGAACCCGACUCCUCGGCUGAGGCCUCCAGCUGGAGCGUCCCCUGGCAGCGCCGGGCCCAGGAGGAGGAGCGGGACUGGCUGGUGGUGGGGUCCGGGGCGGCCCGGGCUGUCGGAGGAGACUACAGGUACAUCAUCAGGCACUGUGGAGCCGCCGAGGAGGAGGAGGAGGACAGACUGCAGGAGCAGGCUGAGGAGGAGGAUACUGUCAUCAACGUUUGACCAAUCAGAGCGCUGCUCUCAGCUGAGUGGACGCUGGCUUCACACAGACGGUCCAGAUGGACCGGUUCUCCAGACAGGAAGCUGCAGCCUGGAUGUUGACGGGUUUAUUAGUCAGAAGUUUUAAAUCUUUUAAUAAUAAAUGCAGGUUUUACAGUAAAAACAUGACAUUUAGUGGUUUCAGUCAGAUAUGUUCCAUGUGACCCUUCCUGUUUCUAACAGACUGAAACAUCGUUAAUGAUCAUGUCUGAUCCGUGUAGGAGAGAGGACUCGUUAAGACUUGUGAAAUAACAUAUUCUGACCUCUGAGACCUGCUGAUCAUGGUGCAGGACCUGCUGGAUUAAUCAACUAAAACCUGCAGCGGUAACCCAGAUUAUUUCAUUCCAAUCUGAGUUUUUGCUUGUUUGAGGCGAACUGAGACAUUUGGGACAUUGCUUCAGUCCAGAAAUGAUUCAUUUUAUUUUGAAGGACUGUGAGACCAUGAGCAGAGCUGGAACCAGGUCUCAGGUCUGGACUCGGCGUGUCCAACAUGUCUGACAGGAAGUGAAAAGAACCAGUGCUACAAGCUAACGUCAGGCUAUAGGAGCCUGUUUUUAACUUUUAAAUAAAGUUUUCUAUAAAAUGAUGGAAAAUUUCAUCGGUAUGUUUUUUUAAGGUGAAAAAUUAAAUUAAAAAAGGAAAAAAGACUGUAAACUAAAACAUUCACUUUUUAACACCGAUGGUUUUAUUUUAAUGUCUGUUUGACAGUUAGCUGGAUUUACUGGUUGGAUUAUAAUAAAAUUAUUACGUUUAUCAAAAACUGAUGAAUUUUUAGAGUCGACUCCGUUCAAGAUGGCCGCCACAGAUAUUUUUACAAAAAUUUCUCAAAUUCAAUUAAUAUAAUGAGCUAAAAUAUGAAGUGGUAGUARCUGAGUCAUCCCCGACUCGUACUCUGAGGGUUUAUGUCUGAGGCUCUUAUUGUGAAGGACUGAAGGAAGUUGCAUUGAAAGCAUGGAGUUGUAUAGAACAGCUGUUUUUUAGACUCUCAGCUACUACCACACCAAACUUUGGUUUAACAUCUGUAAAGGUGGCAGAGUUAUCUCCAUCUCUGUGUUUGCUGAUUAGCUGUGGCGGCCAUCUUUAAUCCAUUAAUUUACUAAUUUUGCUAACAGAUGACCUCUUCCAUAAAAAACAAAAAUCAUUUUUCAGCAGCUCUAGUAACGAUGUAAAGUUUCAGGCAGUGGAUUCUUGUUUUCCUCCUGUUUAAAUGGAAGUAUUUUAUCGAUCRUGAGCUGAAAACUGAUUUAGUUUUAUUUUAAAUGUUAAUAAAUUAUGUGUAGAAAGUUUAGACUUGAUGUUUUUAUCUCCGUAUGACUGAUUUCAGAUCUGUACAGAAAGCUCCAGUGUGACACUGUUGUAAAUAAAUGUUGGUACUUGUGUCAGAGAAUUGAUAUUUAUUGUACUUUUACUUUAGUACAUGGUACAUAACCUCGUCUGCAGUAAAUAAGCACAUAUCAAGAAGUGUUUUUGAUAAAACAUUUAUUAAAGCCGUUCCAUUUGCA